AUGAUGCACUGCUAUGACGGGUGCGUACUUAACGAUUGGCACUAUUGGUGCGGCGUGGACCACUGGAGCGUGGACAACAGGUGUAGCAUGGUGUACCACGGUGCUGUGGGCAACCGCUGCCACUGGGUGUGCGACAACGGGGUGGGCUACCACAGGGUGCGCUACUGGGACCACUGGUGCAAUUAUGCCGGCCUGGCAGUAGGCAACAAUGGCGAGAAGUAUAGUCUGAAAAGAAUAAAA